UAUUUUUAGCCAUGGUUCAAACUGAAAUAUAUCAACUAUCAACUAUUUGAUGGAUUGACAUAAAAAACUAUAAUGACAUCCCUGUACGGUGUGUUUAGAGCUAAAUGGCAAAUGUUAGCAGGCUAACACAUUAAGCAAAGAUGGUCAACAUAGUAACAUUACCUGCUAUUACUUGCUGCUGUUUGCAUGCUGACUGUUAGUAUGUUAGUACACUGACGUUAGCAUUUCGCUCAAAGCACCACAGUACAGCCUUAUGGAGCGGCUAGCAUGGCUGUAAACCCUUAGCCUUGUUCCUUAGUAAAUAAUAUAAACCUUUAAUCGAUUACUAGAAUCAUUCUUCUUCUGCUGGUUGACUAAUUCAUAAAAUGACUUAGGGUUUCAGCUAUGUUUUUGAAACCAACAAAAAUUUGUGGCCCAAAUGCUGUUUAAGUAAUUCCAGCCUAACAGUGUUUGAAUGAAAAUGUAAUUCAUGGGUUGUGUUUGACUGGUGUGGGUGUGACGUGUUUCAUCACACUUUUGUGCAAGAAGUUUGAAUGUUAAAUGAGUGAGGCAGCAGCAGUGCGUCAUAUUCAGGCAGACUUUGAUUCAGUUUCAUUACUGCUGGGGUUGUGAAUCUGCCACCUGAAUCUGCUGCUACCCCAGAGAGCUUUAUGGAUGGCACCGGCAAGGCCGUCUGUGUGUACGUGUGUGAGAGAUGAAUAGGUUUUGCGUAGGUGUCCGUAAAGGAGUGCUCAAUCACUGUAGCACUAAUAGUCUUCCCUUAGGGGACCAUGGAUUUUAAGGUGUCACAGCAGACAUGAGGAAAUAUAAGAAGUUAGUAAUACAGUGUGCCUGCGUGUGUGUGUGUGUGUGUGUGUGUGUGUAUGUGUUUGUGUGUGUAUUUAUACAUCUUCUCUAUCUGUCUAUAUACACUGCAUGUUAUUUUUUUUCAGCCAACUAGUUAGUUUCAAUUCCUAGAUCACCAGUGAAGCAAGUUCAGUAUUUAAGAAAAAGAACCAGGGAGUUUUAGGAGGGAAUUUUUCACUUCACCAAAAGAGCAGAUUAAUGUGAGCUGAGCAGGAAGAUGUGGGAGAGGGAACAUGAUUCAUUUGGGAGCCGAUGACUGGAGUUACUACGUAAAGACUUCAGACUAUGAUGGAAGAAGGAAAGAGAGAGGCUCUGCUUCUAUGGAGUGGGAAUACAGAAAACUGAUGCAUCAGGGAAAUCUCGCUGAAGGCAACCAUCAACUUGUGUAUAAAGGAGUGGCAGCAUCUUUGUCUUUCUGAAGACAUUUGUGGCAUGAAACCAGAUCGCAUUCAUCUUUCAUUCAUCACCUCCUUCAUCUCCCCCCACCACUCUCCAGUUAGGAACUCUCCCCUCAGCUCCACCGCAUUGAUGAGGUAACGUCAAGCUCUACGCAGCGCAGCACCCACCUGCACAAACACCACCCUCCCCCCCCUUCUUUCCCCUCCUUCUGUCAUCCCUUCCAUCACAGCCAUGGGACAGAAGAUAUCUGGUGGGAUUAAAUCUGUAGAUGGUCGCGGGGAAAGCGGUGGCUCCCCAUCCUACCGGCCUUCGGCUCACCGCCGGCAGCACCCGGUAUUGAGGGAUCCAGAUUUCUCUAAACCUCCCAGGCUGGAUCUCCUUCUGGACAUGCCAUGCGCUGGACUGGAGACCCAGCUCCGUCACGCAUGGAACCCUGACGACCGCUCGCUCAACAUCUUCAUCAAAGAGGAGGAUAAACUGACAUUUCACCGCCACCCAGUCGCUCAGAGCACGGACUGCAUCCGGGGGCGGGUCGGAUACACGCGGGGUCUCCACGUGUGGAAGAUCCACUGGCCCUCCCGCCAGCGCGGCACCCACGCCGUUGUUGGAGUGGCAACCUCAGAAGCCCCUUUACAUUCUGUUGGGUACACGGCGUUGGUGGGGUCGGACUGUGAAUCCUGGGGCUGGGAUCUGGGACGCAACAGGCUCUACCAUGAUAGUAAGAACAGGGCCCAUAGCUCACUGCCCACUUAUCCUUGUUUCCUGGAGCCUGAGGAGUCAUUCACCCUGCCGGACUCUAUUCUAGUGAUUCUGGACAUGGACGAAGGGACGUUGAGCUUCAUGGUGGAUGGACAGUAUCUAGGAGUCGCAUUUAGAGGACUGAAGGGCAAGAAGCUGUAUCCCGUUGUAAGCGCCGUGUGGGGGCAUUGUGAGAUAUCCAUGAAGUACAUCAACGGCUUGGAUCCUGAGCCUCUUCCUCUGAUGGACUUAUGUCGGCGUGCGGCCCGCCUGGCGUUGGGUCGGGAGCGACUUCAAGAGAUCGAGAGCCUCCCAUUGCCCCAGUCCCUGAAAAAUUACCUCCAAUACCAGUGACUGACACCAGCAGAACCAACUGGGAGUACAAGGACAUAAACCAGACCACCAGAAAGUCUAAUGGAUGGCUUGAUAAGAGAAAUUAAAGAAUGCAGAGAAGGGGUGCUGGAUGGACGAAUGUCCACACUGAGAGCACCAUAGCUCUACAAAAGAGGGAUUGAUAAAAAGGAUGGAGAGAAAGAUGGUGGAUGAACUGACGGACGAGGUCCAGGCUUUCAAACAAAGAACAGGACGGCACCAGCUUCUUUUGGAUUUCCAGCUGCUUUUUCAUUCGUUUUUGACUUGAAAUAAAUUAUUAAUGAUGGUAUCCCAUCAGUGUCUCACUCAUCCAGAAAGAAAUCCCAUCCUCUGACGAUGUGGUGAAGAGGUGAGAGUGUUAAGAUGACCACCGCCACCUAGUGAUGAGAAUAAAAAACUGCGCAGAGAAAGCACACUAAUCCUAUCCCUGGAGGCCUUUCUGACGCACAGUCAGUGACCAUAUCAUUGCUGUUGGAUACCAUUGUGUGUAUUCAUGGUCUCCACUAGAACAGGUGGCAGGCCGCAGAACCCAGAUGUCCAAGAGAAUUUUAGCACUAAUGUUGUUUUUGUCAGAUUGACUCGGGGCCCGACGAAAAGCUCACAUCGCAUACAGAGUAGAUCAAAACAUGGCUGCAGAGUGUAUGCAAAGUUCAGUAAAAGAAAUAAAGCAUGCUGAACUUAUCUCCUGGCUUUAAGCUGGCAGUUGAUAAUGAGUUGAGCCCUUUUCAGACGGUAACGUCUAUCAGUGACGGCUUGUUGUCAUUCAGAGUUGGUUACGUAAAAGUUGGUUCUGGCUAUAUUCACAAUGCUUGUACAGUAUUUAGCAGCUGGUGCGUGAGAAGGAGCGGUGGAGCUUAAAAUUAAGUUAAAUUAAUUUAUUUUGCCGUUUAUGUCUUAAUUAAUGACCAUUGUCAGCUCAGCACCAGUUCCCACUCAUCAGUUUCAUAAUUUAUUAGUCUACUUUAUAACAUUUAUUUUACUCUACAUAUUUUAUCAUAUUAUAAUGCCCAACAAUGCACAAGUACAGAAUUACAAGACAUUACUUUGACUCUUUGCUUAUAUGCUGUAUGUAAAGCAUUGUUAUAUACAGGAUAUUCAUUAUUUUUUCCAUGCAGUUAGCCUGAAUGAAAACUUAAAAAAAAAAUAAGGAGGAUGUCAUGAUAAUUGUUAAAUAAAGUUUUUUGCUGCAGCUCUGACAUGAGAACAAUCUCAGCAACUUAAAAUUGGCUAAUUUACAGAGCAGUUUUAACUGAUUUUAUUUCAUUUGUGCAUAAAAAUGAUAAUUAAGCAGUGAAUGUGUUAUAGUGCUCUUAAAGCUCCUGAAAACUUGGCUUCAAAUUGUAAUUAUUUCUCUGUUACAUGAAAUAUUCAGAACUUAAAAAGGACCAAUCCAAAAAAAAAAGCACUCAAAACUUAAUCUACUCUACUUCAUCAGGACUGUGUGUGUGUAGUUUGAUUAGAUUUGAUUGACAAUAUCCAAACAAACAAUUGGUGAUCAAUCUGAUUAGUUGAAAUACAUGAAAUCACCUUGUUCUAAAUGAGAACCGCCCACUUUAAAGCAGGCAGAAGAUUAAAUAUACAAAUGCUUUUCUUUUUUAAACAUCCAAAUCUGUUGUAAUUUCAGCAGAAAAUACUUUUAGGGCCUUUAAAAAGGGAACAAGACAUGAAUUUAAUCCUUUAAUGUGUAUAUUUUGUGCUGCUGUGACCUUAAUGUUAAUGCGAUUGAUAUUAAAUUAAGACUUUGUGCCCUUGUGGGAAGUGUUAUGGAAAUGUUUUUAGGUCUGACUUAGGACUGCCGUCAUGACUUUUAUGUAAGGAGCUGCAUGUCUGAAAGGGGCUUUAUUAAACUGCUCACUGUUUAAAAUAAUGUUAAGUUGCAUUGAGAACCAUUCCUCACAGGAGACUAAAUCAUGUAUUAUGAUAUCAAUGACGACCAAAGUAUUUCAUACUAAGCCAUGGAGUGCAUGAAUGCGUGUGUAGGAGCUGUAGGUCGUGGCCCGUCGCAGUGUAACUAGUGCUAACAUGCUGUUGGCAGUAUGGAGAGCCUCACCUGCUGUUGUAGCACCUUGCUGUAGCUCACUGGUACCAGACAGUAUCUGUCUGCUCUCCGCACAACUGUCUUAAUGACCACAAACAAACAAACAGGACCAGAGCAGAUCUAGUCUCACUGGAUCUAUAGUGAAGGUUGGAGCUGGAUGUAGGAACAUUAUUGCUACUGCAGCGACAGGGCAGAUGUGUUUCUGGCUCGCAAUAGGAUACAGUUGACCAUUGCACAACCACACACACACACACACACACACAAAUACACACACUGUAGACCAAUCAUGUUUUCUUUCCUAAAAAAAGCUUGAGUCACUUUUUUUUAACUUCUGAGUUUGUAUCCUACAUUAUUAUUAUUAUUAUUAUGAAUAUUAUUUCGAGUGUGGAGUCUGAUGAUGGUAGGAUGAUGAUGAUGAUGAUGACGAUGAUGAUAAUGAUUUAUUUAUCACAAGCUAGUUCCAUGUUUGUUUUUUUAACUGAUCCUUGAUGGUUACAUUCAGGUAAAUUUAAUACAAAGAUGCUGGUGAUGAAGGGAGAGAGAACUCGAAAGUUGUUUUCUUCAGUGCUGCUUAUUAUUAUUAUUAUUAUUAUUAUUAUUAUUAUUAUUAUUAAUGUGAUGGUGGUGGUCUUGCCUCCUGUUUUCAUCAGUUAGGAUGGGGAGAAAAGGACCAUUCAGAAAAGUAGUAGAAUGUAUGGACAGACGGUGCAGAUGUCAGAUAUGAAAUGUGAAUAAAAGCCAAGUGAAUUUGAAAAGAAAAA